UAAAAUAUAUGGACAUUUAAUUUUUUUCCGGGAAAAACGCUGUGAUGCGACAGCUACGACCGACGAUAUAUUUCGGCAGCGUUUCGCGUUUCGAAAUUGAAUCGUCAAAUUGAAACGUUAAUGCGCAUCGUCACAUCUAAUUAUUCAAGUAGAUCGUUCGAUGUUGACGAGAUCUAAAUUCGACGACUCGGAUCUCGAAUGUAGAUAUAUACGAUCUUAUAAUGGCGAUAUAAUCAACGCGCGCCGAUUUUCCUGAGUCACGACUCGAAAUUUCUUGAAAUUUUCGUGAAUUUUUCGCAAAUCUUUCGCGAGUUUAAAUAUUCUACUAAUGCACCUGCUCGUCGUUUUCUAGCGACGAUGCUUGAUGCUCGCUGAAUUGUCAAGUCUAGCGCAUGCAGGGACAAUAUUUUUGUUUGUACAAACACUAUGAGUACAUUGUGGAAACCUUGGCAACCCCUCACGACAGAAUCGACAGCUCCCGCUAUAAUGAAGAGUCUAGAUAACAGUUUAGAUGACUUUGAUAAGUUGCCUGAAUUUAAUCCCAAGCUAUUUCUUGUAGACAAAAAUCCUCUGAUGAGCUCUUGCACGAUGUGUCGUAAUAAUAAUGACAAGAGUUUCUUGCUGUUGGAUGGACACCAGAAUCUACAAGUCUCUGAUGCUGAAGAGUUCCUGAAAAAAUUGAAUUGUGUCAAAGAGAACACUAAAGUGAAAGUGGUUUCGAUAUUUGGAAAAACAGGUGAUGGCAAAAGCCACAGUAUGAACCAUGUAUUUUUCAAGGGCGAGGAGGUAUUUCAAACAUCAAACGAGCAGGAUUGUUGUACAUUAGGCGUUUGGGCGGCGUUUGAUCCAAUUUUGAAUGUUAUUUGCUUAGAUACAGAAGGUGUUACAAACUGUGAAAACAAGCAUACAGGAUUGUUACUCAAUGUACUUGCAAUAUCUGAUAUUGUGAUUUAUGGAAUCUACUCGGAAAGAUUAAAUAGAGACUUGUUCAAAUUUCUGGGUGCCGCAUCCCAUGCUUACAGUUAUCACUUCAAAGCUGCUUUACAAACGAUAAGCCAACAAGAGGGAAUUUCUAACUCGCUAGGCACACUUGGACCAAGUAUUAUAGUGCUGCAUGAAACUAGACACACCAUACCUUUGACCAACAAUGGAUCAGAAACUGCAGAAGAUGUCUUGAAAGCUAAAUUUGCACAAAUGAACCUUGAAAUUGACGCCUUCAACUCUAUUAAAUAUGUUGGGCUGCAGAUGAUAAACAAUACAACAAAUUAUGAACAACUGCGAUCCGCGAUCGAAGCCGAAUUGAAAAAUACAACGGUCCGUUCAGCCAGAAAGCCGCAACUAGUAUAUAGUAUGCUUAAAAAUUUGAAUGAUCAAUUUUCUAGUGAAAUAGAAAAUUUGUCCAAUACUUUAUUUCCAUACCAGUACUUUACUUGCUCUGUUAAGUGUCUGAGUUGUGGUAAUGGAUGCAACAAUAGUAUGGGACACCUUCGUGAAGGAAAAUCACACAGUAGUAAUGCCAGGUGCAAAUUCCAAUGUCAGUAUGAAAAUUCGAUAUACAUAUGCAAGAGAUGUUAUAGGAAUGGGAAUGAAGUUGAAGUAACUCGACAGUAUGAAGAGGAAGAGCAAUAUAGCUGGUAUAGCUUAGCGAAAAGUGCCUGGUCGGGAUAUAUUAUAAAUUGUCCACAUUGUGGAGAAAUAUAUAGAAGCAGACAAUAUUGGUAUGGCAAUAACUCGGAGGAUAUUGCUAUACGCAAAAGAAUCACACAUGUGUGGAAUUUGCCAAAUCGUUCUAUAAUAUCGCCAAAUACCGCGCAACGGGUUAUCGAUAGCGUUUCAUACCUCACCGAAGCGGUUGCCAAUGUUUCUCUACAGCCUACAAAAGCGCUGAAAGCCUGGGCCGCGGAUCAAGUGGCACCGUCAUAUUGGCGGCCAAACAGCGAGAUAAAAUAUUGCCACCAGUGCAGAAACUUGUUUGGUCCGACAGACGAUAAACAUCAUUGUCGCGAUUGCGGAGAAGGUUUCUGCGCGCACUGUUCGUCAAAGACGAAGUGCGUGCCCAACAGAAAUUGGUUGUCGCCCGUUCGAGUCUGCGACAAGUGCUAUGAGAAGGAAACUAAUUCCAGUGACGAUUCCCUCGAGCCUCCUGUAGAUGAUGUUGGCGUGCGAAAGGUCACGGAACACGUAGUGUCAACGCUCAAUGUCGUCGGAACUGUCUUGAAUUAUUCCAAAUCGUUUAUUAAAGAUUCCGUUCGACCAUCUUAUUGGAUACCUGAUUCGGAGGUUGUCAGUUGCUGCGUAUGCGACCGAAAGUUUUCCGAUACGCUUCUUUUACAUCACUGUAGGGCUUGCGGACGCGGGGUGUGUCAAGAAUGUUCGCAACAUCGUAAACCUGUACCUCACAGAGGCUGGGAACAUCCCGUUAGGGUGUGCAAUGCUUGCGUCUGAAAUUGACUGAAAGUAUACUUCUUAGAGGAUAAAAU